AUGUACUGCCUUAUAUUUCUAAUUGUAUACUUAAUUACACCAAUGACAAGUCUUCAAAUUACUCAUAAACUAUAUUUUGAUGUCAACGUCGAUGGAAAGUCUAUCGGUCAGCUUAAUGUUGGACUAUACGGGAUAGACGUUCCACAGGCAGUUGAAAAGUUCUAUCAAUUAACCAUUAGUGACGAUCCCAAUGUGAAUUUCGAGUCAAAUGCACACUUCAACUUUUUGGAACCCAACGAAUACAUUCGAUGCACCUACAAGGGUACUCUCAGCAACGGUGGAAUCGAUCCAGAGGAAAAAUUGCAAAGUUCCUUUGACAGACGUGGGCUACUGGCCAUGGUUAACGAGAUAUCCAAUGACUGGUUCAUUACAUUGGCACCUUUACCCCAUUUAGACGGUCACUAUAUCGUUUUCGGUGAAAUUAUACAAGGAAUGGAGGUAUUCCAAAAUAUGUUAAACGAAAUCACCAUAGAUGACCACAAUACCAUCGAACAAGAUGUAUCAUUGGACAACUGUGGUGAAUUAGAGAUAGUUCCCUUAAAUCAAAGGCAAAUGCGCAAUUUACAAGAUACGCUGCAAAUGGAGGCUGAGAAACCGGCAAGAACACUUCACGAUGAGCUAUAA